CGGCAGCAGAGACAGGAAACUCCGCGGCAUCUCUUGGCUUCCUGUUUACGCGGGCCGAGCCGAAGAGGACCGGGCCGGGCCGCGCCGCGCUGGAGCGGAGCCGAGGAGCCGGUGCGAACAGGAGUAUUCAGCGGCUCGACUGACACCUUGAAGCGUCCCGGACAACCGUGAGAGCCUUCCAACCCCGAGACCAAGGAAGGGGGGGGAGAGAGAUAGAGGAAAGGCCGUGGCUCGGGGGUGGGGGCGAAAGGCCGGGGCCUGGGUGGCGCUCGGAGCCUGCUCUUCUCAUCAAGUUCCCCCAGCAGAUAAGUUCGACCAGUGCUGUUUGUUCAGUGUGGAAUUGGUGAGAGGCAUCCAUCGUUUUGACAAUUUCACCUUGGGAAGUAAUUGUUUUCCAAUGUGAGUCCAUUCAACAUGACAGAGUGUUGGGAGGAGCACCCAGCUGCCCCACCCUUGGUGGAGAACUGCAUUCCCCAGACCACUGAGCGUGCUCUUGAGUUUGCGAUCGUGUUCCCUACUGAUGGAGCCCUUCAACAGCAUCAGCCAGUGUCAGCUGAGAGCUCCCAAAAAUGCAACAUGUGUGGCCAGACGAUCACGCAGCUGUCAGAGCUCCAGCAGCACCCGUGCUUUGUCAACAUGAACCGCUUCUACCAGUGCGCCCAGUGUCAGAAGACCUUCAGCCACUCCAACGACUUGUUGCAGCACCAGUGUGGCCAAGUGGAGGAGAAGCCCUUUAUCUGCCAUGUUUGCAAGAUGGGCUUCUCCCAGUUGCUGGCACUGGUCCAGCACCAAAAUGUCCACAAUGAAAACAACCCCUUCAAGUGUACCAUCUGUGGUGAGAACUUCCAGCAGUCGUCGGAACUUAUCCUGCACCAGCGGGUUCACAUCGAGGAUCAGCCCUUUGAGUGCACUGUGUGCAAGAAGAGGUUCAAGGACUCUUCAGAGCUGGUGGCACACCAGCAGUUCCACGCACCCGAGAAACCCUUCAAAUGCAGCGUGUGCCAGAAGGGCUUCAAGAAGUCGUCGCAGCUGGUCCGACACCAGUACAUUCACGGUGAGAAGCCCUUCAAGUGCUCGGCUUGUGAGAAGUCUUUCCGCCAUGCCUCUGAGCUGCAGCGACACCAGAGGGUGCACACCGGUGAGCGGCCCUUCAAAUGCAAUCAAUGCGACAAGACCUUCAGCCAGUCCUCUCACCUGGCACACCACCAGCGCAUCCAUUCAGGCGAAAGGCCCUAUGACUGUGGUGUCUGCCACAAGAGCUUCAAGCACCGCUCGCACCUGGUGCGCCACAUGUGUGUCCAUGCUGGCGAGGACAUGUUCAAGUGUGUUAUCUGUCAUGUGGGCUUCAAGCAGCCUGGAGAAUUGCUGCAGCACCAGUGCACGACAGAGCCUGAGCGACCCUACAAGUGCAGCCAAUGCAACAAGAGCUUCAAGCGCUCUUCCUACCUUCAGCACCACCAACGUGUCCACUCAGGGGAGAGGCCUUUCAAGUGUACGACCUGCCAGAUGAGCUUCAAGCAGCUGUACGCACUGGUGCGACAUCAGCGCACCCACACUGGGGACAAGCCCUACAAAUGCACCGUCUGUGACAAAGGCUUCAGUGAAUCCUCUCACCUCCUGUACCACCAGCACAUUCAUACUGGCGAGAGUGUUUUCCAAUGCACAGGAUGCCAGAAGGGUUUCAAAGACUCAUCAGAGCUCUUGCGUCACCGCUGCGCCAGGGUGGAGGGCAAACCCUUCAAGUGCACUGUCUGCCAGAAAGCUUACAAGCGGGUUUCAGCCUUGCAGCUCCAUGAAUCGACCCACGUGGAGGAGAGGCCAUUCAAGUGUAAUGCCUGCGAGCGACGCUUUGCAUGUUCCUCAGAUUUGGUGGAUCACCAGUGUCGGCCUGCCAAGGAAAAGCCGCUGAAGUGUAGCGACUGCGAAAAGAGGUUCAAAUAUUCCUCAGACCUGGAGCGUCAUCGGCGCGUUCAUACAGGGGACAAACCUUUUAAAUGCAUCACUUGUGACAAGGGCUUUAAGCAGAAGGAACACCUGAUAAAGCACCAGAAUGUCCACGCCAGAGAGAGUCAGUGUAAGUGCACGUGGUGUGGUGAGAGGUUUACAGAGCUAAGCUAUCUACAGGAGCACUGCCUUCAACACACAGCGCAAAACUCCUAUGAAAGUUCUGCUUGUGGACAGUGAUUUUUAUUUCUUUUCAAAUUUAGUUUUGAAAGCCUGAUCUUGGUUAAACUUGUACAAACUGUGGCACAGAGAGAUUUGUACAGGUUGACAGGCAGCAUUAGCCCUUAAAGCAAGGUGUCCAAGCUUUGUGGGUGAAAUGUGGUAUAAUAUCAGCUACCCCACCCCCAACCCUCUCUGCAUUGAAUUUCAUUCCAGUUUCCCAUCAAUUCUCUGAUACCAACAGGUCAUUUUUUCCAAUUUAGGGUACCCCAACCUCCAGGUCCACACGGUCAAAAUGGGACAAAGCAGAAAGGAUGGUAUUUCAGUGCAAAUAGAACUGAGUUGUUGGGCCAUGUUGAUCAUAUUGUCAGGAUUCAGAAGGAUUGGUCGGAGUUUAGAUACUGCCCUGAGUGAGUUGCUGUCCAAUUUUGACACAGCCAAUUCCAGUGAGCUGUAAGUGCCACUUCAGUAACUUGGAUUCUUCUUCAGUCACCUGUGACUGUGUCCUGCUGAGAAUAUUCAGGUGUUUUUUUUUAAGCAGAUACUUACGCCUCAGUGCACUUUCUUUUGUAUGAGAGCAAUUUCCCUCUUGUGUGCGCUCGCCAUAGCUAUGAAAGUCAUGUCCCAAGAUAAUGCAGCUGUACCUCUGAGCAUUGCCCCUUCCACCCUCCAACCUUUCUCGUUCUCUGUCAUACCAAUAUCCACAACGUGACCAGGUAGGAUGUAACAAUUGUAUCAUUUGUAGCAAAACUGAUUUGAAAAUUGAGGCUUAUCAACUUUGUUGGAAUAAAACUCCAAAGUAGAAAGAAAUAUUGUAUGUCUUGACAUCAUGGAGCUCUGAAGUGUGGGGAUCUAUUUUAGAAUCAGUGUUUUUGUGCAAUGUCAGCAAUGCCAUUAUUUCAGAUUGCAAUGUUUGUUGGACCUUGGUCUGCAACUGUCCAGUUGUAUUCAAUGGGAUAGAGAAAUACUCAACUUUACUUCAGAUCUCUCCCACUGUUGGAACUUGGACUGUGUUCCAGAACUGUGCUUAGUUCUAAUCCCAUCAUCUCCUUUCCCAUAAUUUGAAAUCACUGCAGAGUACUUUGGUCUACUUUUCGGAUGAAAAGUUGAUUUAUCAUAAUCCUUGUUUUUGUGAAGAGAAAAUUUAAAGAAAUAGGAUGUACAGGUAAUAUAUUUGUAAAACAGCUUGAUCCUGCGAACCAUUCAGUAAUUUGCUGAUUUUGUCAAUUCCAUUCUCUGGUCUCCCUGCCUCGUGGGCCAGCCCUGAGGGCUUGGAGGUCUGUGCAGUGUCUUUCUCCCAGGCAUCUACCAUGUAUUUGGCUGUUAGAAAGUGCAUGAAUCUGGCUUUGGGGCAUUACUUUGUCUCUUGGCCUUUGCACUUACCCAAAGCAAACAGCAGUGAGUAAACGUGCAAACUGCAUCUUUUAUGGAAUGCCAUAGCUCAAGUAUCCUAAGCCAUCACGGCAUCUGGGAUAUGUUGCUAUUAGCAGCACCUUGUAGAACAAAUCUUGUAGAUGAUCUCACGGCCUAUUUAAUAAUUCACAAGCAAAUACAGUAGGAAAUGCUUAAUGGAGACAUUUCCUUUGGAAUGGAAUUGGAUUCUUAAACUAGAUAAUUGACUUGGGGAAACAUUGGCCAUGGGCUGAACAUUUUAUUGAAACCUAAAACGUAGGGAAUAUUCUUAUCGAUCAGGUUUUGUGUUGACAUUUUAAUCAGGAAUUUCUGGUGCAUUUUGUUGCAUAGAUUUUCUGUACAAAGGCAAAGGUUGUGACCCAUUCAUAGCCAGUGAAAGGUAUCCCACCUCCCUAAACCUACAGAAAUUAAGACUUAAGAAUUUGUGAAUUAUUUUCAGAGUUCUGUUGCAAAUGUGUAAUUAAAAUAAGCUUUAAUUUAUUGUUUUAGUAGCAUGAACUCCAGGUCUGCAUUUUCAUUGCUGUGACCUAUUAGAUUGCCAGUUCAGUUUUUUUUGUGUUAUCAGUUUGUGUCUUGACAGGAAGAUGGUUUCAUAGCGAGUCCUUUUUUUUUUAAAGGCAAUACUUUUAACAAAAAUGUUUGAUAUAAAUGUCCUCAUGUCAUUUGUGGAAAUGGAACCACGAACAGUGUUUUUUAUGGGUUUUUUGCCAUUUCAACGUCUACAGUCUUGAUAUAGAACAGGAUGAACUGAAGAUGCGGACACAGCAAAGCUCGCCUGACAAGCCUCCUUUGAAAAUGAACCUGCACCAUGGAAGUUUGGGCAAGAAGUCCGUGAAAUCACAUCCAGUCUAAACCUUAAAUACUGCGGUCUUUAAAAAGGUGGACUUUUGAUGAGAAGAGUGGUAUGUUGUCGACAGUUGAACCAAGGGUGGUGUUGUUUUGUGUCAUCUCCAUUUUGUAAGCACUAACAGUUUGCUAAAGCAGACGCUAAAAAUGAAAUGCAGAUUAAUAAAAAAAAUGUAGGAUUAAUACUGUCUUAUCAAAAUAGUCCUCAAGCUGCCUAUAGGAUAUCUCCACGGUUACCAGUGUUUUUUUUAGGAAUGUAAAAGAGCUGUCUUUCCUGCUGCUGUGCAUGGCUAAUUGCAGAAGAAUAGGAUUGUAGUUAAUCUACAUCCUUGCUGAGUGUCAGGAGAGUGUCUGAUUGUAAGCCAUUGAAUGGGGAACUGAUUGCUCUCAUCAGUGGGACCUAUAUAACUCUUAGCAUGUUAAUUCUUUAUUCAGUUGGCUUACCAUUAAAUAUUCUCAACUACGUGUGUGAUGUGUUUUAAAAAAAAGUGUCACAGAUGAAAGUUUUUAUUUUAUUACAAAUCAAUUUUAUUUUGUUCGGGCUACCGUAAACACAAGAUGGUGAGCAAUUUACUUUCAGGGUUCAGAUGGCUGUACCAUAAACCCCGUGAGCAAUUUAUUGAUGUAAUCAGCACCCAGAAAAUGAAUUGCAGCCUUCGUACUUUUGCCACCUGUAAUUUUUUUUAAUAUACAUAGUCUUAAUAAAGUUAAACCAAUGCUAAUGAAAGUUGCUGACUGUUGUGAUAACUGCAGGAUGACAUCCACUUGACCGAAGAGUAUGAUGCAGUUCUCAAUUAGAAUUAUAAGGGAAUUAAAAGCAAUUGUGGUUUUCAUAUCUUCCACAGCUGUGAAAAUGAUUUCUUUUAAAUGGACGGUGUCAAAUUUGAACCAUCUUAUGCUUUUUAAUAAAAAUUUCUGCCAGAACAA